CACCGCCGACGUCAGAAGCAGACGAGACCCCAGGAGGAAUACUUCACGAGCAUAGAGAUCUGUAUCCUGGUUGUGUUUACCUCUGUGUACAGCGCAAGGCAGCUGAGGAUGGCGUGUGAUACUCAAGCUGGACUGGAGGCUCAGAAGCUAAUCAGCAUAUCUCUGGGCAAGAUGGCAGCGUCGCGGGUGGGACGAACAGGCACUUCACUCCACAAGUCGUUGCUUGUGGCUUCGGUUCUCCACCGCGCCCGCCAUGUCUUCCUGGAGGAGAGUUACCACGUGCACCGAGCCGCUCACCCCGAGGCCUACCCUCACCCCCCGCCCGCGCCACAGAGCGCGCCCGUCGUUGCUGUCUACACUCCGCUCCUCCCGUCCCCUCCAUCUGAUGUCCCGGUCGAGGAGACUACGGAUGCUGAAGAUAAGGAGAAUCGCAUCGGCGAAGAGCAGCAGGAGCCACCUUCGCAGCCGCAGGAGCCUGUUUGUGAUGCCGGACGGACACCGCUCGCUGAAAGCAACAAUAACACCAACAAAAGCAAGGCAGCGUCCUUGAAGAGGCGUCGCUGUGUGAGCCAACAAGAGACGCAGGAGGCAGUGUGGUCCAUCCUACCAAAGCGGCCACGCACUUGUUCCGCCUCCGAAGCCACGCCGGACGAGCAGGACCAGCAGAAAAUUGACGCAGGCAACAGCAUGGAAGUGGAGCAUAUUACGUCUCUUGUGUCCAUCUUCAGCUUCGGUGGUCAGCGAGUGGACAUGUGUGGUACAGAGGCGGCACGUGAGGACGUCGCCCAGUUCCAGCCCGUGGCCUUAGCAGUGUGAGGACCCCCUUGAGGACUCCCCCUACACGUGGUUACUAUUUACCUACUGUACCUGAUGUGGCUCUGGCCCGCGCCUGCUAGUCAUCCCUCCCAGGUGGCCGCCCACCCUACGCCUGGCACCAGCGAGACCCCUUCAUGUGAGCAGACGAGGGAAGGAAGGGAAUUCCGUCGCCAGCCAUGGAUUAUUUUGCAGUGAUGUGUGGAGUAGUGAGUGAACGAUGGAGUGUGAGGGGGACGGUGCUGUGGGGUGCGAGAGGCGCCAGGGAUGCGGGAUACCAUGAAGGUGCCCGCCCGUGUGGCUCAGCCCCACGUUCUUGUGAUAUUAUUGUACAGUGUAAUGUACAAAGAAAGGAUUCUAUUUAUCACUGGCUUUUUGCGUCAGUGGGAUAUUAGAAUAUAUUUUAUAUACUCAUGUUGAAAACUACAAAAUAAAAAUGCCAAAAGUCAA